AUGGGUCGCCCUCAAAAAGACGUGGCGUCAUCGUCGCACUCCCUGCAUUCUAUCGACGACGCGCCUCCUCCCUACUCCGACGAUCCCGAGCCCUUCCAGUCCUCUGCGCCCACAGGCGUCCAACCCCUCCGUUUGAUCGACUCAGCCUACGUUCUCACCGGAGCCAAAGAUAUCAGACCGGAUGACAAAGUCGCUCUCACACUUGCGCCGGAGCUGUCGAAGAACUGCGACCAACUCUUCGAUGCCAUCAGCACCCAAAUCAAACUUCCCCCACGUCCCCUUCUGUACGUGAAAGGCACGCAUACCGAGUCUGGUACCAGCAAGAAGGAUAAAAACAGCAGCAAUGUCACAGACUUCGAUUUCCGCUUGGAUCUCGCCGAGACCUUAUUGACUGGCUGGGAAGAUGGACGCGCAGAGUUCAACUGGAUGAGAGUGGAGAUCGUCAAUGACGAGGACCAAAAGUCUGCUUAUCGGGGUGGAAUCCUUCGCUCGCGCACAUACAAAACAUCCAAGAAGGGCGCACUCCACCUGUCGGAAGACAAUGAUGCCCUGCUAGGGCAAGAUCGCACAGGGGACCAGCAGGAUCGAACAGUCGCGGCCAAGAGUCUUCGACUCUGGUGCGAGCGGUUCUGCAAUGACCCUGCACCUGUGAAGUCAUUCACCCUCCACCGCGAACUGGCUGGGUUCGACGUAAACGCCAUGCGCAAUGUUUUCUCCUCCCAUAUUCGCGAACUCAACUACCGUGGCACCGUUAACUAUAAUCUCACCAUCGCACACCGCUCCGUUACCGUCUACUCCCCGCAUUGGAUCAACCGACUACGGGCCAACCGCUUCGUAUGGUGGGCAGUGGUGAUCCUACAGCUAUGGAUCAUCACCUGGCCAAUUAUCUUCUUCGUGGAGAAGCGGUAUGAGAUUGCCAACACGCGCUGGUUCGCGUCGCUGAUCCCAGAAUCCGACUCGGCUGUGGAGAGAUGUUAUGCUCGCGGCCGUAAUGAGUCCGCCUUGGCUGAAUACUGGGCUCCAGCUGUGAAGCAGGCAGCUUGGAGUCGGAGGCAGGGCGGCGGUGAUGUUCUCACGCGGAUGGAUGCGGAUCGCCUGCAGGGUUAUAGCACUAAUCAGGUAAUUGGUGCUCGUUCUCGAGAUUCCGAGAAUGAGCGCGAGCGGCGUGAACGUGUGAAUAGUGGCCAGGCCGGCUUCGUGGAUAAUGUUGUUGGCCUGGUAAGGGGUAUUGGAGAGGUCCAGGAGGAUUGGAGAAUGUCUAUGGGAUGGGGGGCUAAUACUUGA